AUGAGGAUCCUCAUUAAAGGAGGAGUUUGGAAGAACUCAGAGGAUGAAGUCCUCAAGGCUGCGGUCAUGAAAUAUGGCUUGAACAACUGGCCUCGAGUUGCGUCUCUACUGGCCAGGAAAAGCCCGAAGCAGUGCAAGUCUCGCUGGUACGAAUGGCUUGACCCCAGUGUCAAGAAAACCGAGUGGACGCGUGAGGAGGAGGAGAAGCUGUUACACUUGGCGAAACUGUUUCCAACCCAGUGGCGAACAAUAGCUCCCAUUGUUGGCCGCACAGCCUACCAGUGUCUCGAGCAUUACGAGAAGCUCUUGGACCAAGCCCAGGGCAAAGACGAAAUGGACGAAAACGAUCCGCGCCGAUUGAAGCCGGGCGAGAUCGAUCCUCAUCCGGAGACGAAGCCCGCGAGGGCGGAUCCGAUUGACAUGGACGAGGAUGAGAAAGAGAUGCUGUCAGAGGCCCGCGCAAGGCUGGCAAACACUCGGGGCAAGAAGGCCAAGCGAAAGGCCCGUGAGAAGCAGCUGGAAGAAGCACGUCGGCUUGCUGCACUGCAGAAAAGGCGCGAGCUCAAAGCCGCGGGAAUCAGCACCUCACGGAGGUACAAGUCACGCAAGUACAUUGACUAUGGAGAGGAAGUGCCCUUCGAGGCUGUCCCUCCAGUCGGCUUCCACGAAGUGGGACCGGAGGAGACGCCAAGGGUCACCAUGGGCAUGGCAAACGUGACACUGCAGGCCGUUGAGCACAGGAGCCGACUCGAUGAGGAAAGGCGCCGCCGCAAGGAUGAUGAGAGGAAGCUCAAGCGCCUGAAGGAGGAGAACCUCCCUGAAGCCAUCGACAUGAUCAACAAGCUCAAUGACCCACAGCAACUUCGAAAACGAACGGCAUUGAGCCUGCCUGCCCCGCAGCUUAACGACGAGGAACUCGAAGCCAUCGUCAAAAUGGGUGCAGAUGCAGCUGCCCUUCAAGCCGAGAGUGCCGACACUUCCACGGCCGGCCUUGUUCAAAGCUAUGGCGACACUCCUGGCGCCACUCCUGUUCGAACUCCAAGGCGGCCGGACCCUGUCAUGCUUGAGGCGCAGGUGCAAGCAGGUGUCACGCCGCGCGAGGAGGUGGCAAGCAUGUUGGGUGGAAUGACACCAGGUGCGACUCCUGGCGCUACACCUGGAGCCACUCCGAACCCUUUGGCGCAGACACCUGGGCUUCGGGCCAAUGCAACUGCGGGCCUUACUCCGAACCCACUGCUUGGACAGACGCCGGGGCCCGGAGGUGCGACUCCAGGGGGAGCAAGUACCGCUGGCAAGGGCCUUCGUGACGGCCUGGCGCUAAACCAGGAUGAGGAGCUGGAGCAAAUGCCGGACAGGAUUCGAAAGGCAAACCAGCGUAUGCAGAUGCAAGCUGCGUUAGGUAGCCUGCCUGCUCCGAUGAACGAAGUGGAAAUCUCGAUGCCAGAUCUCAUGGAGGAAGAAGCGGACACGCAGGCGCCUUUGGAGGAAGAUGCAGCUGAUGCCGAUAAGCGAAGGGCAAAGGAGGAGCAGAAAAGACUGGAGAUCGAGCGUCAAAAGCAAAGUCAGCCUGUGAAGCUGGGUUUGCCACGACCUGUGCAGACAGGGAUGAUGAUCUUUGAAAGCGCUGCAUCGCAGGCCGGGGAAGUGCUUGAAGGGCCCAAGCACUUGCUGCAGCAGGCAGAAACCUUGCUGCACGAGGAGAUGGGUGCCAUGGUAACUCGCGAUGCAGUACUGUUCCCAGUCAAGGGCGCAAAGCCCCCAAAGAAGGCUCCUCCUGCUGGGAUUGACUUUAGCCUGGAGGAGUUGAAAGGCGCGAGUGAGCUGCUGGAAGAGGAAUUGGAGGCUUUUGCACAGGAUGCCGGCGGUGGUCACAACUCGGAGGUGGCUGUGCAGGCAGCCUUCGACGAGAGCACCAGCAGUGAGCCCUACGUCUUCCUGCCCUCUGCUAAACGCUACGUUGAUGGCCGACUCCUGGGGAAGAAGGAGCGGGUGGAGUCCGCUAGGCAUAAGUUCGAGAUUGUGGACUCGCACCACCAGAAGGAGGUGAAGAAGUCGAAGAAGUUGGAAGAGAAGAUGGAAAGACUCCUCGGAGGCUACAUGACAAAGGCGAGACAGGCGCUGCUUCACAUACGGAAGCUCUCUGAGGAGCGGGAGACGAUUUCCAUCGAGACAGAAGUCUUCCAGACCCUUCGAGCGAGAGAAGAGAAGGCCAUUCAGAGCCGCGUGGAGGAGCUCAGGGAUCAGGUGGAGCAUGAGAAGCAGAGGAACCUGAAACUGCAGAACCGCUACAAGGCGCUGAAGAUGCUACAGAAGCAGAUAGACGACAAGCUGCAGUAA